AUGGAAAUUGGAACAAGACGUUUGGCUUGUGGUUCAAGGUCAACUGCUGGUCGACGGGCCGAGGGCCCACUCCAACAACACCAAUACUGUCCCCACUUAACACCGUCGUCAUCAUCAUCCUACAGCUACAAAUUAGUGCCGUGGUUGAGCUGGGACGAGUGGCUCUUCGUUGACGAAUCUCUCUUUUCGAAUUCACCUAAUUCUGUGGCCUCCGCUUUAAGAAGAAUAUCAGCAUGGAGAAGCAGAGGAUGUCUUCCUGUUGUAGUUGAAGUCACUGAGGGGCAGGGGCAGGGGCUAAUGCCAAAUGUUCUUUGCUUUGCAGUUCUAAAGGACCAGUCAAAUGAUGCUUUGGAUAAUUGCAGAGGGGUUCAAUCAAGUGAUGCUUCACUUUCAGACGAAAUGCUGGCCAUGUUAUAUUGUAUGGCAAUAAUGAGGCUUGUGAAUGGUGUUGUUGAGAAGACACGGAAGAAAACAGAGGUUUCCCUUGCUGGGGCUGCUGAUGCAAUUGUCAUUCCACGCACACUGAUUGAUAUUCGUCAUGGAUCUCACCGUGAACUUCCCGCACUUGAGGUUGUACGUAGUGCUUCAGUUAAGGCCCUUGACUGGUUGAAGUACUAUUACUGGGAGCCCCAGAAGAAAGCAAUUCCAUUUCAUGGCAAUGAAACUGCUGGCAUCAAAACUGAAAUAAGGUCGAAAUUCCAUGAAUUGGCCUUCUGCUUAAGAUUUAAGAACACUCCUCACUUGUGUUCUUCAAAAAUCAAAGAAAAACGUGGUUCUAAGAAAGACCUUACCAAGAUAUUGAAAAGCCUUGUGGGGUUGUAUUCUGCCUUCUCCUCGGAAGUUGUUUCUGUACUGUUGGAGUUCUUGUUGAAGGCUAUAAAUUCCUCAGAUUCCUCAGAGCUUCCAGUAAACACCCAAAAUAGCCCAAGCCUACAAAUUUCAUUGAAUGAGUGGAAGCUUGUGAUAGCAAAAUUUUCAAAUAAGGAACCAGAGUUACUUCUGGCUCUUCUGAAUGCAGUUCUUGAUAUGAUUGAGAAUCAGGAAGCAGUGAUAUAUGAGACGGGUUGGGUUCGCACAUCAUCAGACCGUAGGGCAGAAACACUCCAAGUUGAACACCUCUCUUCUCUGUUUAAGUGGCUGGUCAAAAUUUUUGAAGGAUUAAAGCCUCAUGUUGAAAAAGAUUCUGUAGCUGAGAUCAAAGUUUCUUCAGGAGAAAAAACAAUAUUGAAAGCGAUUCUGAUGGAACUCCUACGUAAAUGUCUUGUUCUAUCAGCCUCUGCUAAUAACCAGUUCAUGGAUUCUGCUGUCCAUCUUGCUCAACUGACGGGACAACUACCUAUUGGGAAAACUGAACAAACUGUCUUCAUUAAAAAGGUUUCUCAAUUAAUAGGAAGAAAAGAGAACUGGGAAUUGAACCAGUGUAGUGGCAAGAGAGAAGCUAGUUCUGAUUUGCACCUACUAGACAACCAAUGUAUUAAGAAGUUGAGGGAAACAGAGGAUGGCUGUGUAUCAGACAGUGAGCAUGUUUCAUCCAUAGAAGAUGUCAGUGGCCAUCUCAUGAUAGACAGGGUCUGGAAGAGAGUUGGGGAAGAAGAACUACUUGCCAUCAAGUCUGCUUUAAGGAUAUUAAUUUAG